CUCUCAACCACUGCGCCACCAGAAACCCCUACUUUGCUUUUUUAAGGUGCUUUGUGCCUCCAAGUCUGUUUCUGGAAGCGCGUAAAGGUCUCAUUUUUCUCCUUUGGGCUCUAGGUGAUGGUGGUUGGUGAUUAUGUGUUUUAAUCAGAGGUUAUUUAAUCCCUUUAACCCCCCAAGACUAAAUUAAGACUGGGAACGAGAUCCGAGCGCUAGGUGGGACCAGCGGCUGCAAUUGGUAGGAGGAAUGGGCUAGUGGGGCGGGGCGAGUCCUCUUCCUUUUAAGCUUCCUAGACUAUGAACUCUUGACCUUGGCGGGCCCACAAGCUUAACCCGGCAGGGUGCACGGUGGCCUUGCGGAAACCGGCGAGGAGAGCGAGGCCGGUGCCAUGCACUGGUGGGGCCGGGACGGGGUCUAGGGCAGCCGGAAAACGUGCGCUGGAGUGGAGCGGGCUCGCCGCUGGCCCCUCGGAAACCCUACGUCCCAAAGUCCCGGUCCUCGGCAGCGGCGGGUGAGUAGGACAGAGGGUAGUUGAGCUCGCGGUGGUGGAAGUUAGUGAAAGGUCUUUGUCCCGCAACCUUCCGCCUCUGACCUAGGCAGGCGAGGGGAGCAUCGCGCCCCGGAUCUUGGGGGAGCUUCCAACCCCUGGGGCCCAUGGGGAAACCUGGGUUAGGGUAUGGCCCAGGGCGCCGACCACUCCGGCCGCGUGGGGGACUCGGCGAAGAGGACGGGCUCCUGGCACGUGCUGAAAAAGUCGGGAUCCCAGCAACGAAGUUUCGGGGCAGACAGGCAUCGGGCAGUGCCGUCCCAGUCAACGGGACCAGUUCAGCGCACAGAAACCCCAACCAGUGGGUAUUAACGAGCGUGCCACGCAGUGGUGAGCGAAACUCUCCGUCCCUGCCCGCGGGAGCCCCCGAGACCGGAGUGUGGGGCUGGGCGCGCAGUGACGGGAGGUACGCCCUGUGGGCUCGCGAUCUGGUCCGGCAGAGCUGGGCAGGAGCUGCAAAGGGUCCUUGAGGACAGAGCAGACACCCGAAGACCGGGUGAGAAGGGCUAAUGCCCUAGGGUCUUUUUGCUUGGCCGAAAGGCAGAAAACAAUAGUGGCUGGAACACCACGGUGGGGGGAGGCGAGGGCGGACCCCACGAAGCCUGGCAGGUGUGGUGGGGAUUUCGGUCGUUCUCAGAAUUGCUAUGGGAAACCAUGGACGGGUUUGGGGUUAGAGAGAGAUUGGGUGGACUCAGAGAACUGGAAAAUGGCGACACAUUCCCUCGAGGGAUUUACAUUCUGGAAGGGCAGGGACGGCAGAUAAACCGGUCUGCGCCGAAAGUCUGUUGAGUUAUAUCCAGCCACUUUCCAUCGCGGCCCAGCCGGCUUGAGCUCUGGGGCGUGUGGAUGUAGAAAGUACUAUAGAGAUAAAAGUGCCAGAGGCAGGCAGCAGCUGCCAGAAAUUUCAGUCUCCAUAGUCAUGCUCCCUUCCCAAACCAGAGAACCAGCUUAGAAUCUGGACCGAGGGCCUCAGGCUACCACGUGCAGCAAAUGCUUUUUGAGAAUGACUGACAGGGGUGGGUCUUUCCUGCGGGAGAACGGGAAAGCCAGGACCUUGAGGAUACUAUUACUGAGACUGUUUUGAAGUGUUACUUUCAUUGUGUUUGGAGAGUAGGAGAAUAAUCUAGACCUGCCCCUCUCACGCAAUGAUUGUGGAUGGUCUUGAAAGAAAGGAAGGGAGGGAGGGAAGGAGGGACUCAACUUCACCUCCCAGGAAUGCACCUUUCCUGUCAGCUUUCUUUUUAGCUAUCCCACUAACUCCAUUGUUGAAUGCCCUUUUCCUUGCUGGCAUUUUCAAUUCUACCACCUUUCAAAGAAGUGAAAGGAAGAAAGUCAACAGGUUUUUAUGUCUUCAUUCUUUUCAUUCCAUCUGGAGGGAGGAGAAGCGGGGUGAGCGGCUGUCAGUAGGAGGAGGUGGGAGUUCAGCCACGUGUGGGCAGAGCAGGAACUUCCUGGGCUGGGCAGGCAGCCCAGCGCCGGGCUCCUUGGGAGCCCUGCAGAAGCGUUUGCUGUUGGGUUGUUAACAUUAUCAUUCUUUUUUUUUUUGGCCAUGCCUCAAGGCAUGUGGGAUCUUAGUUCCUGGACCAGGGAUCAAACGUAUGCCCCCUGCAGUGAGAGCUAAGACUCUUAACCACUGGACCACCAGGGAAGUUCCUCCAUUAUCAUUCUUUACAAGGAUCUGUAUGUAUUAAAAAUCCACAGAAUCGUAUAUUUUUGGGUCCUGGAUGGGAUCUUAGAGAGUCUCCUUUAAUCUUACUUUCCAGUAAAACCAGAUCAGAAUGAAGAAACUUGUAUAAGGUGGUUUGUGACAGAUCCAGGGCUGGUUACCUCAGGCACAUGCUUUCUUUCCAGAAUACCGUAAUGUUGCUCUAGAGAGGGCUUUGGGACAGUGGAAAUCAUGUCCUCAGUGGUAGAGUCAAGGCUUUGAACACAAACUGAGCUGUGGACCGGGAGUAUCCUUGAGCACAUUACUUAGCAUCUCUACUUUAGGUUCCUUAAAAUGGGGUCAUUAAUUGUUACCUCAUGGGGCAGUGCUGAGGGGUUUUAGGUACAAAGCAGGAGUUCAGUAACUCUUGGUGUUCCCUGACCAAAUUAGGAAACUGCUGUUCCUCACUCACUCCCCCUCUUGCUGAUAUGAUUUCUCUCUGACCUCAGGUUCCUAGAGGUGGGCACCAGCCAGCGGCUAGAAACAGGGUGAAGCAGAAGGCAGACGACGCCUUCCGAGCCCCAAGCUGGCAUUACCGAACAGUGGCUGCUGAGCCGAGGGUGACCAGGUUCCUGAACCCUGUGGCCUAGGCUUGGAGAGAAUCAAAGAUGCUCUCAGCUGUGAAAGAGGAGAAUUUGGACAGCAGGACAAAAAAGGAAGAUAGCCCCCUGGAGCAGAUACCUUUGCCACUGGAGGCCACAUCAAACCCUGGGGCCUUUUCAAAGUCUCUCCAUCUGCUCAGUCACUGGGAGGUAGAUAGCCCCAGGAAGGAGCCCAGUCAGCCUUGGGGGCCAGACCAGGAGUGGAUAAAGCUAGAAAGAGACAUUAGGGAAGAGGUGGUGUUUGACCUGCUGAAGCCAAUUGAACCUGUACAGAAGCUGCUCCCUCAGGUGGAUGAGGAGGCCCUGCAGGAAGCCGUGAAGGGAGAAUGCUGGUGGAAGGCAUGGGUGAAGAAGCCAGUCACCUCUGAGGAUGUGGCAGUGAAUUUCAACCAGGAAGAGUGGGAAUGUCUAGAUGCCAGUCAGAGGGUCCUCUACCAGGACGUUAUGUCAGAGACCUUCAGAAACCUGAUGUCUGUGGACCUGAUCGCCAAGUUUGAACAAGAAGAGAAACAGUGGAGAGCAGGUCUCCGUCCCCCAAACGGAGAAGGCCUUCAUUCAGGAGGCAAGAGAGAGGAACUUCAAGAACAGAGCCAGAGUUUGGGAGAUGAGGGAAAUAGCGAUGACAAGGUCUCCCUUGCUUGCAGAAGAGCAGGCCCAUCCUCUGCUCCAGCCGGGCCCCUGGACAGGACACCAGUGUUGCCAGCAUCCUGGGCUGGGCCACCCUUUACCUGCCAUACCUGUGGCAGGUGCUUCAGCAAGCGCUCCAGCCUCUACAACCACCAGUUUGUUCACAGCUGCGGCCAGUGCGGGAAGUCCUUCCUGAACCCCAAGGACCUCAGCUACCACCGGCGCAAGCACCUUGGGGAGAGGCCCUUCUGCUGCUCGCUCUGUGACAAGACCUACUGUGAUGCUUCUGGACUGAGCCGUCACCGCCGUGUCCAUCUGGGUUACCGGCCCCACUCGUGUCCCUUCUGUGGGAAGUGCUUUCGGGACCAGUCUGAGCUCAAACGCCACCAGAAGAUACACCAAGGCCAGGAGCUGGGGGCUGGAAACCAGAAGCAUAUCCUGAAGAUUCCAGACAACACAGCUGGAUUCCAGGGGCUGGCAACUGCAAACAAUGCACCAGUGGCCGGGACCCAAGGACCCUCAUUUAAAACCACCGGUCCCGAGGCUCAGACCCAGCCAUCUAUAGACAGGAGCCCGGCACCUGCAACCAAGAACCAGGUAGUCACUGGGAAGGCUCAGCGCCCAGUCGUUACAACUGCAGAGCCUGUGACCAGGACCCAGGCAGCCAACACGAGAACCGCCUGCCUGGAAACCAAGUCCAGCUCUCACCCAGGAAAGCCUUCAAGACUCAAGGUCUUCUCUUGCCCUCAUUGUCCCUUGACUUUUAGCAAGAAAAGCUGUCUCUCCAGCCACCAGAAGGCCCACUUCACAGAGCAGUCCAACUGCUGCUUCCACUGUGGCAAGUCCUUCGCUUUAUUCUCUGGGCUGGUCAGGCACCAGCAGACUCACUGGAAACAGAAGCUCUACUGUUGCCCCAUCUGCGACGUCUGCUUUGGGGAGAAAGAGGACCUUCUGGGCCACUGGGGGGGCUACAGGGGCAAGGGGCUCUGCCUGGGCAGUCCCCAUAAAUGCUGGGCGAUCCUGGGUCAGUCGCUUGGCUUCUUUCCCGAUGCGCCCACUGUGGCAGGGGAGGAGAUGGAUCUUUCUCCUGGAUCCAUACCCUUAGGAGCGGGAAGGAAGGGAGGGGAGAAGGCAGCAGAGGAAAGCAGAUAAGGCAGUGAAGGUCUUGGAAUGUAAAUAAAUGGCCUUUCCACCCAAGGUCUUUCUCUGUUUGGUUUUCCUGAGGGCUAAUCUCCAGGGUAAGGAGACUGGGGUAGAGGAAGAGAGAGGUGAAGGAAUAAUGAAGGAAAUACAGAAAGGAAAAGGGACAAGAGGUGGCACAUGGAAACUUGUAGUAUUAUUAAUUAGCACCCAGCUUGUUUCUUUGUGUCUGACAGACCAUCAAGUAGUAGUUGUUGAAGACAACAGUGGACACUCCAAUAGAUAUGAAGAUGGGAGAAAAAAGAUAAGUGGGGG